UAAAAUAAACUUUGUUUUUUCUUUCAUCCCAACUUAAAAAAAACAACACACAAAUAAAACCAAAAAGAAUCAAUAAAAUAAUUCAACUCUUAUUUGUUUGUUGUCCACCGUUUGCUGCAACAAUAUCCACCAAAGUGCAACACAUAACAAUAAAAGUGAAAUUAAUCAAUUUUUAUCCAAUUUGCGUACAAAAAUUAGGUCCUAGUUUUUUUGCAAAAACAAAAAAGAAUCCCUGAAAAAAACCCUCCCCCAGUGAGAAAAGGUGAAAAUCCUAGUUUGUUAUUAAUCUCACCUUCACCUCACCGUCACCACUCGACUCGCACUCAACUCACUCCGGUAGUCGGUUUUCUACGUUAUUAAGCGAAUAAUAAUUAAAUUAUUCUGUGAAUGAAUUCGAAUUGGAAUUCUAAUUUUUGACACAACUCAGGAAAAUUAUCGUAAAAACUUUUGUUUUUCAGUGAAGUGUGAAAGUGAAUCCUAAAAAAGCUCUGUUUGUUUUGGUUAAUUUAAAAAUUCCCCAAAAGAAGAACCUUGAUAAUUUCGUUUUCCUUCAAAUUGCAUAUUAUUUGCAUUAAGAAAAGUUCCGUUUUUUUUUUUAGUAAAUCAAACUGUAUAUAGUGCAUGUUUAUAGCGGGUUUUCGCCGUGUUUGAUAUUUGCAGCAGCCGCCUUUGCUAUCGUUGUCGCUGCCGUUGUCACUUGACUGACAUUUGCGCCGUGUGUGGUGAAUUUUCUCUUGCAAAUUUGUUGUUUUUUUUUUCGUUUUACUGUUACUAUUGUAGUUGUAUCUUUCACUGAAUAUUUGCGAAUUGCGUAAAGUCUGUGCAAAAAGUUUUCUCGUUGCCGUUCUUGUGUGUCAUUUCGUGUAAUUUCUACGAGAAAUUCUUAACAAAACAAUUUACAAAUCGUCGAUUUAAUCAAUUUCCUUUAAUUACAACUCAAAAGUUAAUCAAUGCAUCUUCCGGAAUCAAGUGAAUUUUGUAAAAGAAAAUAAUAAAUUGGUGAAAAUAGACUGAUUCAAGUGCCUUCACUGAAUGCAUUUUCUGUGCUCUCUCUCACUCUCUCUGUCUCUCUCUCUUAGCUCGUAACUUUUUUUCUUCGUCUGCACUUGCUCUUUAAACAAACAAAACAACAACAACAUAAAAGUACCUACAACCUACUGCUAACUGUCACCACCCACACUGCAUCUGCAAAAUCUACAUAAAUCCUCUGAAAAAUUGUGCUAUAAAUAAAUUCCAGUGUUUUCAAAUUUUAAACAAAAGUAAAAUCCUUUGAAAAAUAUCAAAAUUAAAAAUUGUGGUGAAUUCAAAAAUAUUCCAAUUGGAAUCAAAAAUUAAAUACAAAAAUAAUAAAACUCGCCGCAAAUUUGUGUUGUGUUGUUGUCUUUCUCUAUCUCAUUCACAACUCGGUAAGAAGACAUUUUGAUUUUUGUAAAGAAAAAGAAACACAAUCUCAGCGAACAUCUGUCAAAUUGAAGUUUGUUGUUUUUAUUUUUCGCUGCUCUUAAAAGUUUUGCCCGGCAUUUCGUCGGUUUCGGUGUAAAAACGAAAACAAGAGAAGAAAGAUUUUUGUCGAUAUAAACUUUUUGUAAUAAUUUAUUUAGUGAUUGAAUAAGAAAAGUUAGAAACAGCAGAAGAAGAAUGCAUCAACCACGCUAUAGCCCAGCCCCACAACCGCAAGUUGGAGGUCUUGCAGGUAUGCGGCCACCUGCUCAACUUCCGCGGCCACAAACUUUUACAAACGGAAGUACAACAGCGCCGCGUUCAGCAUACCCGGGAGCUCCGCCCCCAGCCCCGGUAUCAUUAAAAGGGGCCCAGAGGCCAGCUAUGACUAGUCCAGCUGCAGGUGGAUUAGCUGGUGCUCCAUAUAGAGGUGCUAGUUGGACACCCCAGGGUUACGCACCAGCGGCCGCUGCUGCACAACAGGCCUACAGAUAUACAGCUCCAUUGCCACAACCAGCUUAUGCCGCAUAUACACCUCAUACAACAACAACUACAACGGUAAGACCAAUUGAGUUUAAUGGUAAUCUGCUUAUGUACGGACAAAGAGUCCCAACAGCCGCUUCACCUAGCAAUACAAACUCAAGCAGUUCAUCAAACACCGGCUCACAGAGCGGUACAAUAAGUACUAGUCUUAGUAAUACCAAUACUAAUACAACAAUGGGUCCUAAUAAUACACAACAACAGGGCGAGCAGCUAUCGAAAACAAAUUUGUACAUCCGGGGCCUGCAACAAGGCACAACUGAUAAGGACUUAGUUAGCAUGUGCGCCCAGUAUGGAACUAUAAUAUCAACAAAAGCGAUCCUAGAUAAAACAACAAACAAAUGUAAAGGCUAUGGAUUUGUAGAUUUCGAGCUGCCAACAUAUGCAGAGGGCGCUGUUAAAGGUCUCCAAGCGAAGGGCAUUCAAGCUCAGAUGGCCAAAGUGGGUAUCUGGGUGCUUCAUAGGCCGGCCAUUCAACAAGAACAGGAUCCUACAAAUUUGUACAUUGCAAAUUUGCCACCACACUUCAAGGAGACAGAUUUAGAAAAUAUGCUUUCGAAAUACGGUCAAGUGGUGUCCACACGUAUCCUUCGUGAUCAGCAGUGUAAUUCUAAAGGCGUUGGCUUUGCACGUAUGGAAAGUCGUGAAAAAUGUGAACAAAUUAUUCAAAUGUUCAACGGAAAUCAAAUACCGGGUGCCAAAGAUCCACUACUCGUUAAAUUCGCCGAUGGUGGACCCAAAAAGAAGAAUCCCUUCAAGAGUCCCGAUCAAAAUGCCAGGACGUGGCGUGAUGUUGCUGCUGAGGGCAUACCAGUUGCAUAUGAUCCAACAAUGCAACAAAAUGGUGUUAGCGUUAAUGUUGGUACUCCAAUUGGGGUGCCAUAUACACGUUUUGGUGCACCACAAGUUGGUGCUUAUCCAAUGGCUGGUUCACAAUGGAUUCCAAGUUAUAUGAUGACACAACCGAUUACUCAGGUAGAGGAUCAGUACAUGCAAAUGGCACCACAAUUGGGUGUUACUCCAUAUAAGACAGAUGGUGUUAACCAGGUUCAACCACGUGGCAUUUCAAUGAUGGUUAGCGGUGAUACAGUGCCAUAUGGAACAAUGAUGCCACAAUUGGCCACAUUACAAAUUGGCAAUUCGAAUUUCUCUCCAUCAUUACAGUAUAUUAGUCCAUCGUAUCCUUACUAUCCACCACCAACGAUAAUUCCAACAAUGCCAAUGGCUGAUUCGGAACAAGCUAGCACGGCUGCAUCCCCCGACGAGGCAUAUACACAAUAUGCGCAUCAAGCUGGACCGAAAUAGGUCAUCGAGAGAUCUAAUCACCAAAUACCUCAUAAACUACAUCCAAUAAAGGUGAUUGUGUAAACGGACUUCUUAAAAAUAAAACAACAACAACAAAACAACAUAAUAAAAGCGAUUUUUUCCAUUGAAAAAUAAUUUAUAUGAAGAUUAAAAACAAAAAACAAAACAAAUGAAAGACUCAACCAAAACACACACUAAAAACUAUUUCAAAAAUAUAUAAAAACAAAAUAAAAACCGAAAGAAGAAAGGCAACAAAAAAAAUAUUAGUUAAAGAAAUGGAAAUCAAAGCAAACGUAAUUAUGAAAAUAAUUAUGAAAAUGAUAAAUGUUUGUUUUAUGAAUGCACAUUAAUUUGAUAUAAAAUUUAAAAAAAUAAGAAGAAGACAAGAAGACUUUUUUUCAACAAGGAAAAAAAACCACAACUUAAAGAUGAAAAAGAAGAAAAACAAAAUAAGAUUAAUCGAACGAAGACAACAAAAAUCUAUUUAUUGUUAUUUAUUAACAAAAAAAACUUGUUAUGUUAAAAAAAAAAGAAAAUAUUUUUUUUUCUAAAUUUAUUUAAUUUUUAUUUUUUGUUUUGUUGUAUAAGAAUUUAUUUUUUACUUUAAAAUAAAGUAAAACAUUUGUGUAAACGAAAAUAUCUUUGUUACCAAAACUAUUACAAAAAAAAUUGUAUUAAAAUUUUCAUAAUUUUACCAAAAGAAACAAAAAUUUGUUGCAGUUGAGUGCGAGUAAAAUAUUUUCAAAACGAAGAAGAAAACAUUAAAUUUAUUUCUUAUUUCGCUGCCUUUACAAAUUUAAUUCCAAAAAGAAAAAAACAAAAAUUAAAAGAGAUCAAAAAUGGAAAAAUGAAGUAAAUAUAUUUUUUUAAACAUUAAAAAAUGCUAAAAAGAAGAAAUCGUUUAUGUUUUCUUUUCUUCGAAUUCAUAAAAGAAUUUUUGAAGAAAAUUGAAAUUAAAAAAAAAUGAAAGUUAUGAGGAAUUUAGUUUAAAUAAAAAUAAAAAGAAAGAAUUUGUUUUUAAGUUUUGUUAAAAAAUUAACAUUUGAUUUCUUUUUUUAAAUUCAAAAGAAUAUCCUAGGAUAAAUUUUUAUUUAAGAAUUGAAACAAAAAUAAAUGGUUUUGAGGAAAAGUUUAGGGGAUAUAAAAAUGAAAAACAGAAACAGAAAAAUAAAAUACAAGAAUGUAGAAAGUAGUUCGUAGUAGGAAAGACUUGAAAAUUGAAGAUAGAAUGUAGAAUGCAGACUUAGUGUUAGUUGAUUAAAAAUGUACAUGCUCGAGGAAGGUGUUUUUUUAAAUAUUAUUUUUAAUUUUUCAAACUCUUUUGAGACAUUAAUUUAAAAAAAAAAAUAUUUAUUUGUUGUCCCUUAAUUCUAUUCUUCUAUUUUUCACAAAAAAUGCUUACAAUUAGUAAAUUCUAGAACCUAUCAAAAUGCAAAAUAACUUAUUUAUAGGGGUUGGGUUGAAUAAUGGUAUAGAAUAGGUUCCACAAUUUUUGUGAUGGAGUAAAGCUCCAAAAAAUACUAUUACAUCACAUAAUUUAAAUUUUAAAAAAUUCAAAAGAAUCUCAUUGUAAGCCGUAGAUAUGACAUUUUUGUCUAAAAUGUAUCAUCCCCAAACACUCAGGGCUGUGAACGUGAAACUUUUUUCUUCACAUUAAAUUUCAUAAAAUUCAUAAAUAAUGAGAAUCCAAAAAACCGCCUGAGAUGAGUUUUAUUUGAUAAAUCUUUAUAAAUUCUAACCUAACCCUUCAUUUUUAUGUUUAUACCUAAAAAAGGUCUUUUUCCAAAACAAUUACUAAAAAAUCACAAAACCCUAGUCACAUGAUAGUUAAUUUUUUUUCUUAUUCCAACAUUCCUUAAUUUUACCCCUGUUUUACCCUACCAAAAAGAAAACCUUAGUUCAACCCUCUAUUUUCUAAAAAGUAUUCUAUUCUAUUUUUUUUUUUUCAAGAACCGCAAACAAUUUUGUUGUUUAACUUUUAUGUUCCUCAAACUUUUUUGUUUAUAUUUUUUAUUUUAUAUUUUUGUUUGUUUUUUUAAUUUUGUUUAAUUUAAAAAAAUUUGUUUUUAAUGUGUUGUUGAUUUUAGUGUUUAAGAAAACUAUGAUGUAGGUAUGAAGUAAUUUUAAAAAAAUGAAAGUGAAAUGAAAUGAAAAGAAAGUAGUUGAUAGAAAAGAAAAAUUAACUAAUAAAAGAAAAGAAAGAAACUAACGAAAGAAGUUUUGAGAUGGAGAAAAAAUAAAAGUAGCUUAGAAUUAAAUAUUUGUAGUGUUGGUAAUAUUUUGAAAACAAAAAAAGAUGAUGGGAAGCUAUGAAAAAGAUUUCAAAAAAUGAAAACCCAUAGGAAUAGGAUAGAAAUGAAGAUGCGAAAUAAAAUGAGAAAAACAAAAAAACAAACUUAGUUUAUAAGUCUCUUUUAUAGCUUUUAAGUAAUUUGAAAAAUGAAAAAAAAAGAACAGUAAACAACAAAAAAUUUAGAAUAGUUGCUAAUUUUUCUAUAUGUCUUUUAUUUUUCUCUGUAAUUCUAAGUAGUUAAUUUAUUUUGUUUUUAUCAUUUUUAGAAUGUGUGCGGAAAACAGAAACAUAAACAGAAACAGAAAACACAAAGUGAAAAUGGUUUUCUUUAAAUUUCCUUUAAAUUUAAGACGUACUGUUAGUUAUUAUUAUUAUGUAUUUUUUGCUAUUUAAUUGCGAGAAAUAGGUUUUAAUAAAACAUUAAAUGAAAAAUAAAACAUUGAAUCAGACUGUAAAUACGAUUUUUCUUCUCCAUAAAGGGUUUUUAGUAAAAAAAGAAACAAGAAACAACCUUUAUGAGAAUGAUAUGAGAAGAAGAAAUAGUUUUAAUGUUAAAAAAUAAUAAAAAUAAAAAAAUGCUUUCAAGAAAUAAAUUUAAAAAAUAAAAUAAAAGUGAAAAUAAUUUAUAAGACUUAGUGGUUUUUUGUUUAAAAAUAAAAAGAAAAAUGAAAAAACGUAGUACAUAGUAUAUUUGAUUUCGUUUCGUUUUAUUUUUUUAAUUAAUUUGUUUUCUUUAUAUAUUUUUUUAAUUUAAGAUUGUUUUCUUUUUUUUAUUAUACUUAUGUUAUAUUUUUAUAGAUUCUAAGAUAAGGUUUUAUUCUUUGUAGUCAAAAGAAGAAACAAAACACAUUUUUUUUAUAUUAUAAGUAAAACAAAAAAACUUGAAGAUUGAAGAAGAGAAUAUAUUUUUUUGAAGAAUUUUUUAAGAGUAAAAAUGAUGAUAACAAAAAAUUAAAAAAAAAAAAACAAAAUAAAAAAAUUAUAAAUUGAUUUAAAUCAAAGCUUAAAUGUUGUGAACAAAAAUAAAAAAAAACUAUAUUGAAAGCUCAUUGUGUAAUUUAUAAAAACAAUAUAAAUAUUACAAAACAAAAAAGCAGAAAAGAACUAAAUUGAAAUGAAAUGAGAAACAAUAAUAUUGUACAUUUGCGCUUGUUGCUAUUUAAACAAAAAGAAAAACAAAAAACAUGAUGAAAAAUUUUAAAAAUGAAACCAUAUUUUUUGCAGCAAAGAAAAAAAUAAUUUAUAAAAAUCAAUUUAUAUAGAAACAAAAGAAAAAAACUUAAAGCAAAUUUAAUAUUUUUUUUUGUUGAAAGAAACAAAAUUAAACAACUUGCUUUUGGAUGAAACAUAAAACAAAAACGAUGAUAUGACAGAGAGAGACAAGAAAAUUAUAUUCUUUUCUUAAAAUUUAGUUGUUAAAUAUUGAAAAUUCUUUUUUUUUUUCAAAGAAAAAAUAGAAACAUAAAUUUAAAAAAAAAUAAAAUUAAAAAUUGUUUAAUAGGUAGAGUGACACACACCAUACACAAAUUGCAAAGAUUUUUUGAAGAAAUAUUUAAGAAAGAAAAUUAAAAAGCCUUUUGUUGUGCUUUUAAUUUUUCUCUCUUCUCUAAGACUAUGAUGAAAUGUGAAAGAAAAUUUCAUAAAUCUUUUUUCUCUGUGUCCUUUAAGAUCCUAAAAAAAAUUCUAGUGUUGUAGUGGAUAGGAAUUAAAAAAAUAAUAAUAAUAAAAAAAAAACAUAAAAAAUUUAAAAAAAUCAAAACAAUUUUUUUCUGAAUCAAUAAAAAUUGAUUUUCUUUAAGAAAACAAAAGAAAAAUUUAGUACACUUUUAUUUAUUAUUUGCUUUUUUUAAAAAAAACAAACUUGAUGUCGUGGUUCUUGUUGAGUUUAGUGUUUCAAGUUUGUUGAAAUAUUUUACAAAUGUUCUUAUGGUCUUAAAGCAAGUUGUGCGAAAUUAUUACAACUUUGAAGUAAAGUUCCAUCUGUCCUAUUGAAUUCAAUGAAGGGAAAUGUCGACAAAAUUUCGUUUUUUUCUGUCAAACAAACAAAACAAUUUUUUCGUAGGAUUAAAUUGCCCUGAAUUUGAAUCUCGCCUUAAAAUUUGUCUAUCACAUCAGGUUUUUGAAAUGUGCAACUUUAAAUAUGCUAAAAACAACCAAAAACUUAACAAUAAAUUGUAUGAUGCUUGUUUCAUAAACAAAGCGAAAUUUGGGAAUGCUCAUCAGUUUACCCUUUAACCCAAUUUCGGGCGCACUUUUAAGUACAGAGAUACUUAAGAUAGGUACUCUUGAGCCGCACUACACGAAUGUGGAAUGUUUUAACAGGCUUAAUAUUUCCCACUCACUACAAUUUGUAGACGUUUCAAACUUAUGUGCACCUGUAUCUCCUUUCUAAUCCUGAGCUCCUUUGCUUACUGCUCGCGCUGUUUAAUCAUUAUAAGGGUCAGUACCCCUUGAGGUACAAAUCUUUGUCUUCCAAAUACACUCUAAAUCGUUUUCGUAUUUGACAUAAUUUCUUAUCAUAUGAAGUUUUAAGCAAGACUUAAAUGUAAUGCUCACAUAGUUUUGAAAAUGUUUUCUGAUUUUAAAUCUGAAAGUCGAUUUUAACUAUCUUCAAACAUUUUUAAGAUACCCGUUUCCAAUAUUAUAUUUAUAUUUUGUAUACAUUUCGAAAACUUCGUUACAAGAUCAAAACUUACUUUCAAACAGUUUGGUCUUUUUUUGUUGAAACCCAUGGUAGCACAAAUGGUUAAAGGUUUUUUUUUCAAAAAGUUAAAAUUUAACAAUUUCGAACAUUUUAUGAAAUUCUUAUAGAUCUUGGCCUAAGUUAAAAAGGUAAUAAAUUUUAUUUGGUGUAGCGGACUUUUUAUCUCAUUCUAAAUCUAGAACAACUGCUAUAUAUCGCAUUAAUUAAGUCUUUAAGAAGACAGAAAAAAGCAUAUUUUUCUGAUAUUAACGUUUGAAGUUCGUUGAGUACGGGUGAGUCUUGUAUAUGUAAUUUUUCCCCAAUAAAAAUUAAUAUAUCAAAAACCUUAAGCGAGUAAUUUUGAAGCUAGAUUUGAAUUGAGGCCAUCAAACCCAGAAAACUGCAGUUCUAUCGCCAGGAACAAGAACUUGUCCACUAGUGUAAUUAGUUUCUAAAAUAUAUUUCAUGUAUUUAUACUCUGUUCAAUCUUUUUAGAGCUUUAUUAAACAUUCAUGAGAGAAUUUCUCUAAAACAAAUUGGAAAUCUCUCAAAAUGUCUAUUGACUUACCUUUGUUGAAAGCGUUUUAAGACCCUUUCAAAACUGUUAAGAAAGUUGUUUUGUCUAGAAACAAACAUAAUAUAAGGUCGAUGAAUUUUAACUCCAAAAAAUAAGUUUGGGUAGAUAAUUGUAUGCCUCACUCAAAAGCUUCCGAACGAAAUGGCACCAAAAUUUCGACUGAUUAGUCAAUAACUAAAAAUUUCAACAACAAAAAAAAUGUUUGUGUUUUGACGUCGAAUUUUCGUAUUUAGACUCUGUUCAAUCAUUUUAAAGAGUCAUUAAGUUUAAGGAAAUUAGAAAUCUCCCCAAAAAAUAUCGAUUGUUAUUCAAGUAAUCGUGUGAUACAAUUGACUUUAUGUACCCUUAACAAGGACCUACCCACAAAAAACUCCUUCUAGUUAAAGACUUUUUGAAGUUUUUUAGAAAACCUUUCAAGGCCCUCGCAGUGAUGAAGGUUUUUUAGAAAACCUUUCAAGACCCUCGCAGUGAUGUAGACGAACCAUUGUUAGCGUCAUUUAAAGACUUCCCACAGAAACGGAAAUAAUUUUAAUGCUUUAAGAACUUCAACGAAGGAAACUAAAAGAAAAUUUGAAGAAACACAAAAUUGAGUGUUCAAAGUUUUCAAAAAUUUAAAGAAAGUUAUAAAAAUAUAAUUUUCCACGGGACUGGGACCUAAACAGCAUUAUUAUUGAAAACCUAUAAUUUUGCAACUAACCAAAAAAAAAGAUAAUAAAUUGGCAAUGUAAGUUGAAUAAAAAAGAAAAUUAAAAAAAAAGCUUUUUUUAAAUUUUGUUACAUUUGAUUUUAUGAUUUAUUUUUUGUUUUAUUUUAGACAUCCGUUCUUCUACUACAACACUGGAAACAAUGGAAACCCAUGGAAUACGAUUGUUUUUGCGCGUUCAACUUUACCAAGUUAUUUAAUACAUAUACAAAAAAAAACCUAUAAAUAAUUAAAAAUAAACAGUAUUUUUUGCUUUGAAGUAUUUAAAUUCAGCACAAAUUAUUUUUGCAAUAGAUAAAUAUUUCCAAUUAAAAUAAAAUCUAAAAACAAAUGUGCCAAAAAAUGGUAUAGGUACCCAUCUGAUCCAUCUUGUCUAAAGUUACAAAAUAAAAAAAAACUUAACUUAUUUAAUACAAAACAAAAAUUACUCCGAAACAAUCAGAAACACAGAGAGAGACAGAUAGUAACACAAAACCACAGUUUAAAAACAAUACAAUGAAUAUACGAGUAGUUAAAAAGAUUUAAAAAAAAAAACAAUUUUUUGUAAAUAAUAUGUUCAAAAAUGUAUUAUUCUCCAAAAAAGAAAAUAUCGCAUAAAAAUGGAAGAGACCAGUAAAAUUUAACUAAACUACCAAAAACCAAACGAGUUAUAAAACAAGUUUUAAAAAAAAAUUAUAUCAGUGAAUGAAUUCAUAUUUUUCCAUUAAAAAUGAAAUUGUGACAAAAAUGAAAUAUUUAACAAUACCGACAGAGAAAGAAAGGAAGAAAUAAAUAAAAACAAAUUAUAAGACAAUGAAGACAAAUUUUAUUUUCAUAUGCGAAAUAAUAAAAUAAAUAAAUAAAAUUAUGUAGUUAAAAAUAAAAAGUUUUAUUUAAUAAAAAAAAAGCAAAACAUUGUCAAAAAAGUAAAAAAAUUAAUAACAAAAGCUUACUUAAUGUAAAAACAAAUAAAAUUUAUUUUUACAAAUCUACGCAAAAGCUGUAAUUUCAUAUUUUUGUUACAUUAAUUUAAAAAAAAAAUGAAGAAAAAGCUAAAAGAAGUUAAAUAUUUAUUUAGUCAAAUUGAUGAUUGCUAAUUAAAUGUCGUGAAAGCAUAUAAUUUUUAGUUUAACUAUUUAGCACGUAAGAUAAAUUUAAAAAAAAAAUGUAGACUUAAGUAAAACAAGUAGAACAACAAAAUAAAAACAAGGAGAUUAGAUUUCAAUAUAGUAACUAAGUUUUUAGGUUAAGAAAAGAAAAUAUUUGUUUUAAAUUUAAAAAAAAGAAAAAAACAAACUUUAUUUCACUACAAAACAAACAUUAAGUUUUUAUUAUUUAUAUAUACUAUAUAUUUUUUUUAAACAAUUUUCAAAGAAAAACAAAACAAACCUUGAACCAUAAUUUCUCUAAAUGUGGAAAUUAUGUAAGAAAAACAAAACAUUUAAAAAAAACGUAGACGAAUGACUAAGAUUGAAAAAUAAAAACAAAUAAAAUUUACAUAGUGUGCUAUAAGUUAUAGUUCGCUUAGUUUUUAAGUUUAGCUCAAAGAGAUAUUUUUCUCUCUCUCUAUCUUUCUUCUCUUUUAGAUGUUAGGAGAAUAUUUAUUAUUAAGAAAAUUCAAAAUAUAAAAAACAAAAGAAUCUUUUACCAGGACAAUUUACAAAAACAAAAAUGUGUAAGAAUGUGUUCGUUUAGUUUACAAAACAGAAAACAAAACAAAAAAAAAGAAACUUUUUUCUGUGUGCGAACGGUUUUUAAAAAAAUUUUAAAUAAAAAACAAACAUUUGAAAACAUCUUCCAGAUUUUACUUAAAAAUAAAAUACUUUAAAAUAAAUUAAAAAAAAGAACUGUUGUUACAUGAAAAACAAAAAACAAAAACUUAAUGGAAAAUAUAAUUUCGAAAGUGUAAAUUCUCAGGAAUAUUGUAUUCCAUUUAUUCCAAAAACCAAAAAAAAAAAACAAAACAUAACAUACAUAAAUUAAAUUGUUAAACUAAAAAACAAACAAAUAUUUAUAUUUUAACCAUGAAAUUUGUUUUGUUUUUCUCUUUGUUUUUUUAUAUUGAUAUAUUUUUUAAUUUUUGAAACAGUGCCUUUGGUGAUUUCCAUGGCAUCAUUUAAAAUGUAAUGAAUGGACUUUUUGUUUAACUUAAAUUGCUUAUUUUUAUCAGAAUGCGACAUUUAUAGGAUAUUUUUCAUUUCAAACACAAUUUUGUUAAGACUUUAGCUUUAAAGAUUUUAUUGUUUUAACACUUUUUAUUCAUUAACGAAUUUCAUUUAGUUAAAUGCUUCCAUCGGGUUUUUAAUAUUUAUUUAUUUUUUUAAAUCAAAACAAAUGUAAACGAAUUUUGAAAGUUCUUAUCUAAUUCCUUUGAAUUAAUUAUAAACUUUAAGAAAAUUGAGUUCGGAAUAAAAUUUGAACUGAUAUUGUCAGUCGGAAAGCUCUCCAAAGUCUUGGAACAUUGAAUUCCUUACGGAAUAAGAUUUGAACUGAUAUUGUUAGUCAUACCGCUCUCCAAAAUCUUGGAAUAUUGAAUUCUUUUUAUUGGAAGCUAUCGCAAAUAGUUUUGAAAUAUCCAUAAUUUUCAACUUUUCCUUUUAAGCUCAAAUUUGACACAACGAAUUGAGAGCUUAGGUCCCUUAGAAACCGAAUUAUCAAAAUAAACACAUUUUAAGUGAUAUUUUCGGUAUAAUUCACGUUCUCAAAUUUUCUUAGACUGGAAAAGUUUAGGAGAAAUUUUGUCCACGUUUUUUCCCCUUACGAUAAGUUUGAUGAGGUUAAAGUGUCUGUCCGUAAAGAAGUCAGUUUAUGGCCCAUUGUGCAUUUUUCAAAUGUUAGAAAAUUCUUUGUGUUUCCUACGCAUAAUGUAAGCUUAUUAAUUGAGUCAUGUUCACUCGAUUAUAGUGGAAACGUAUAUUUGUAUCUCGAUUCAUUGCUUGAAUCUUAAACUACGGAGCAUUUUAAAAGCCCGAUUUUCUUUAGGGAUUUACAAAAAGUAAUCUUUUGAGGGCUUUAUAAGUUAACUCUCGUCGUUAAUUUGUCAUAAAGUUCUGUCUAGGAUGUAUUCAAUCCCUACCCAACUGAACCAUGACUUCUGUGAUAGAUUUGUAAAAAGCUGUAGCAUAAGGAUUUAUGCAAAGACUGUUUUUGAAAUCGAUUUUAAAACCUAAAAUCGUUGUACGAAGUCACUAGGAUAUUUUGCGGAGCAAGUUAAUAAUAAUAACUAAAUUCAUUAACAACUUCUUAUAUUUAUUUAAACAUGUAUCAUCAAUAUUGGAAAAACAUUUUUUAAAUUUUAUUUUCACUUUUCAUUACUAUUUUUAAUUUUAUUAUUUUGAAUUUUCUUUAAAUUUUUCAUUAAAAAAACAAAAAAAGUAUUUUCAUAAAUGUAAUUGACACUGAAUACUUCCAAAAAAAAUAAAACAAAAAAUAAAAACAAAACAACAAAUAUAUAUUUAUAUAUUUUAUUGCGACAAAAUACGAAUAAAAAGAAAACGCACGUUUAAUACGAAAAUAAAUAUAAAACAAAACAAACUUAUAUACAUUUUGCAAGAAGCAACAAAACAACAUUCAUAUACGACAAAAAUUGCACGUACAGAAAAGAAUAUUUAUAUUUUUUUAUAAAUGAAAACAAAAACAAAUAAAUUAAAAAUAAAAAUAAAAACAAUGUGUGAGAUUUUUUGUAUAUAAUCUUAUUAAAAUUAAUAACAAAAAAAAAAAAACAAAAAUCUGGAAGAGUCAAACUCAAGGCGUAUAAACAUUUAAAAAAUUUAAAAAAAUGUGUGCAUCUACAACAAAAUAAAAUUUUUAAAAAUAAACAAAUAAUUUUCUAUAAAUUUUUUUUAGGAAAAUUAACUAUUAGAAUUUUUUUUGAGAAGAUUAUACUUAUAGAUAAGCUAGAUUCUUAAUGUAGGUGAACAAAAACAAAAAAUAAAAAUAAAUAUAUUAAAAAAUUCAAACCAAGAAAAAUAAAAACUAAAAAUGUAGUUUUUUACAUUAGCAAGGAGAAUAAACAAAAACAAAAAAUGCAGAUACUUUAGACGUAGAAGUUUCCAUGGAUUUUAGAGAAACUUACAUAGAAAGACUUUUUGUGUUUUCAAGUUGGGAUAUUUUCUUAAACUAAAAUAAAACCAAACAAAAUAAAAAACAUUUCUUUUUAAAGAAAAACAUUACCACGAAGUGAAUAUAUAUUCAUAAAAAUAUAUAUAUAUUUGAAAAAAGUAGCAAAACGUAAGAUAAAAUUUAAAACAAAA